CUUGCCCAGCCAAUCAGAUUGCUUCUGAAGUACAAUGGUGAAGAAUUUGAAGAUAAAAGAUAUGAUGGUCAUGACCGCACCUCUUGGACAAAUGAGAAGUUUUCCCUUGGACUUGACUUCCCAAAUCUGCCAUACUAUAUUGAUGGGGAUAAAAAGCACAUCAAAAUUACUCAGAGCAAUGCUAUUUUGCGAUACAUUGGAAGAAAGUAUGACAUGUGUGGAAAAACUGAGGAGGAGAAAGUGAUAGUGGACAUCUUGGAGAACCAGUUGAUGGACUUCCGUAAUGGGUUUGUGAGGCUGUGCUAUAAUAAUGCUGCAUUUGAGGAAAAUAAGCCAGCGUACAUUCAGAGUGUUCAGUCUUCUAUCAAGGCUUUUGCAGAUUUCUUGGGACAAAAGAGUUACCUGGCUGGAGAUAAUUUGACAUUUGUUGAUUUUGUGCUGUAUGAGCUUCUAGACCAGCACCGCAUAUUUGAGGCAUCCCUUCUGGAUGCACAUCCGAACCUAAAGGCAUUCUUGGAUCGUUUUGAGAAACUCCCAGCCAUAGCUGCUUACAUGUCAUCAAAUGAGUUUAUAAAACGGCCAAUCAACAACCCAAUCGCUGCUUUUGCCUGAAUGAAUAUCGCUUGCUGCAACAUGGCAUUAGAUGUUUGUCACUCCAAGAGAAGCUCUAUGAUGAGGUGUAGUUGCUUACACGUAGGAAUGUAGCCAAAUUCUUCCCGUAGUGUAGCUAGUGGAACCCUGAUGACUAAUGGUGGGGAAACAACAGUUCAUAGGGUGAGAUGUCCUGGUGGAUAUCCUGGGGGGGGGGGGGGGGGGGUACUCCAAUAUUAAACGGACGGGGAUCAUUGUCGGGACUUUUUGAAAACAACCCUAAAAAAUACUUAAGUGGGCGUGGUUAAACAUGAAUUUACCCUCAAAAAGAUACUUCAAACAAACGUAAAUAAUUUGUAAUAAAAACAAAACAAACAGAUCAUUGUUGAGCUCGCAAUUUAUUAUCGUCCCAUGGGUUGUGUGAUUUUUUCGCUGGUUAGUGAUCUAAAAACACCUACAAGUAUAGAUGAGCGAUGGCUGUAAUAGCCCCCUAAAAGAUACCGAGGUAAAAAAAAUCGUUGCAUUUUCAUUUUCACCCCUAAAAGAUACCCAAGGCUCCAAAUUUUCACCCUAAAAGAUACGACUAAAAGAUGAUUCCCGUCCGAUCGAUAAAGGAAGUAACCCCCCCCCCCCCCCCCCCCGGGUGGAUAUGUGACAUAGUGCCUAUGGUUUGUUGGUUUCUGUAAUUGUGAACAUUCUAACUAUUUUUAACCCCUCAAGUAAAAAACCUGUUAACAAAACCUUAAUGUUCGCAAAAAAAGGACUCGAAAAAUAAGCAAGAAUUUCCACGUUUACGUUAUUAGUUUGAUUGCGCGCCAUCAGGGUUCCACCGAUUUUAGGAUAAAUGUUAGAUAAAAGAAUUAUAAAUAAGCAUAGUGUCUGUUUCUGCUUCUUACAAAAUAAAUCAAUUUAUGGUUGAA